AUGCUCCACCUCCCCGGCGCGGCGGGCGAGACGGGCCGGUGGUGCGCCCUCGGCGGACUGGAGAGGCCUCGGGAUCCCACCUCGGCCGGCGAGCAGCGCCGGCCUUCACCUUCAUUGCGCCACGGCGGCUUUCUUCUUUUCAACUUUCCCUUACGGUACUUGUUGACUAUCGGUCUCGUGCCGGUAUUUAGCCUUAGAUGGAGUUUACCACCCGCUUUGGGCUGCAUUCCCAAGCAACCCGACUCCGGGAAGACCCGGGCCCGGCGCGCCGGGGGCCGCUACCGGCCUCACACCGUCCACGGGCUGGGCCUCGAUCAGAAGGACUUGGGCCCCCCACGAGCGGCGCCGGGGACCACCGCCACCGCCCACGGGCACCGCCGCCCGGGCUCCUUCUCCUCCCCUCCUUCACCGAAGCCCCCGCGAGCAACCGCCGCACGGCUGCGGGGCCGGGCGACGGACGGCGCGGCGCGGCUGUCCGCCCUGGGCGACAACACCCCGUCGACCCCCGACCCACCGCGGGCUCGGGGCACACAGCGCGGCGUGGCCGCAACCCGGGGGAAAGCGCGCAGCGGCGGGCGGCGCCGCGGCGUCCCGCGGGCCGCCGCCGGGGCACGCGUCCCCGGGGCGCGGCCCCGCGCGCGACUCGGCCUCGGCGCGAGCCGCCCCGACAGGGCGAAGGCCGGGAUCGCCGGCGGGGAGGGAGGGGGCGGGCGCGGGUCCCGGACGCGAGGCGGUGGCCCGCGGAUGGGGGGCCCCCACGGCCCGGACGACCGCGGCUCCCCGCCGGGGGCACGGCGGCGAGACCGACGGCGUUCCGGAACCGGGCCCUCCACCACGACGGGUCAACACCGGCGAGCGGCACGGGACCGCGACCCUCCCCAACACACAACCCCGGGCGACCCCAAGACCGCGGGUGCCUCCAGCCGGCCAGUCAGACACAAGCGAGACCAGACUCCGAGAAGGUCGGAAAGGUUGGACAACGGGGCAUCCGGCCACCGCGCGCCCCCCCCACGCGAGGGGCGAAGCUCGGACAACCCCACAGGCGCCCAGGGGGUUCCCACCUACCCCCCCACACCCACCGAGGGACGCGGGGCACACACGCACAACGCACGGCCCCACGGGGCCGCCGGGCAGCCCCCUCCCGACGGCCGCACAGAGACCGUGGCGUGGCGCAGCAACCCCAGCCCCGGGGGCCCGAACCACCCCCGGAAGGCGCCACGGGGGCCCGCCGCCGCGCCGCGCAUCCCGAGACGCGCCGAGGGCGCCGUGCGGGCACGGCGACCGGGAAGGACCAGCGCCGAGGACGAAGGCGGCGGCGGCGGCGGCGCGCGCGCGCCCCUCCGCGACCCACCGCCGCCGUUCCGCCGCCGGGGCCGCACCGCGGGGCUCCCACUCGCCCCUUGGGCGCCUCCUUCCCCCCCCUGGUUCCUCAGGGCCCUUUUUCCCCCCCGCGCGCACUUCUCUCUCGUCCCUCGCGACCAGCGGGCCGGCACCGCACCGGCCCGCCCGCGCCGCACGGGAGGGGCGCGCGGCAUAAGGUCUCCCGGUGGGCCGGACGUGCCGAGCACGGAGGGGCGCACAUGCGGCGGCCGGCGGCGGCGGCAGCGGCAGCAACCCCCACCACGGAGCGCAGGGGCCCGCAGCGUGGGCGAGCGGGAAGACGCUCCCCACCUCGCCACGGCCCUCCCCCGCCCGCAACGGCGAGCGAGGCUGACUGGCCAGGGGCCCCGCCACCGCGGACGAGGGCGCACCGGCGGCGGCGCCGCCGAGAGGCGAGGGACGGCUCCAACCCCCCCCACACACCGGGGCGGCCCCGAUGACGGCGCGCGGGCGGGGCCGGGACACCGGCCAGCCACGCCGGGGCCAGGGACGGCCGGCGCCGCGCUCCCGCCGGGGAGAGAGGCGAGGGGAGCCGGGCCGGAGCCCGACCCCCCACACCAACCACCGGCGGAGGCAGCGCGCGGCCGCAACGGCCACAGCGGACGGCCGGGGACCCGACCCGCGCCCGGGCACGCGCGCCGGACGGAGGGGCGCACGGCGUAG